AUGCACAUCAAACUGGGCCUAUUCAUAUUCUCUAUCCUUCUGUUUGGGCAACUAAGUCUUUGUCAACUUCCGACUGACAGCGAUCUAUAUCGUUAUAGCCUCUUUGAUUCCUUCGUCCAGCCCGCCAACCACACAAAAGGAUAUAGGCUUUCUUAUCGCAAUGGACGCUAUUAUGUGUACACCGACUCCUAUGAUGAUGGUGACGAUCCCGUCGACAUCAUUGGAAUUGACAAAUACGACUAUGUCAUCACUGUCUACGAAGCGUAUAAUGGUUGGGAAGAGAGAGACGAAAGCGAAAGACUAAAGUUACGCGACAUUCAGAUGGAGUUGUGGGACAUACAGCCAGACGUCAGGCGUAGUGAUUUGACCGCUGUGCGACGUAAGGGUAUUGUCAACAAGAAGACAGCCAGGCAAAUUCGGAGGGUGUAUGAAACGCUUGAAGAGAAUGAAGAUGAAACAAUCAUCUUGAAUUCCAGCGACAGUGGGUCUAAAGGGGAAGCGUGGGAGUUGCUUGAGGAUACACCAUUCUUUGGUGGAACGGCAAAGCUCUUGGAUGAAUAUAACGUCGGGAAGCGUAUAUACCAGAUUGUUAUUCGACCGACAGAUCAGUCGUCCGGAGAUCACGACCUAGAGUUUAGAUUUGACUAG